AUGUCAUCCUAUGAUAGGGGCUUGCUGCAAAGGCUCCCCGUCCGGAUAGGCCUAAACGAGAGUAUCCACCAUCCCCGCUGGGAUGCUCUCACGCACCAAGUUGGCCGGUUCCGCCCCUUCACCCUAAGCUACCUUCUCUCGUUUCCCAAUGAACUUAUCCUCGAAGUAGCGGAUCAUCUGGACCUGCCGGAUCUCGCCAGAUUAUCUCGAGUGAAUCGUCAUCUCCGAGAACUGCUCUUGCCAAGAGUCUUUCGAAUCGGGAGUCGCGAAUCUCGUCGUCACAAAAAGACCGUCUGCUUCACAUGGCUACACUAUGCUGCCUUCACGUGCAACAUUCCGCUGGCGCAACGGCUGAUGGCUGAGGGGUCGGAUCCACAUCGAGUCGGUCGCAAACGGUCCUGGUCGCCGCUGUAUGUCGCGGUACUAAACGGUUAUGCUGAGAUGGCGGAGGUGCUGGGACUGAGCAAGGCUGAUACAAAACAAACCUUUCUGAAUGCCGACGUGACACUGCUGCAUGCCGCCGUCGAAAGCCGGAACGAGUAUUUGAUCAUGCGGUGUCUCCAAAUCGGUCUUCCACUCGACGUACAGGAUGUCAGAGGGGAUACUCCGCUUCACCAUGCGGCUGCGAAUGGCGAUGUCGAUGUCGUGCGCUUUCUCUGUCGCCUGGGCGCCUGUAUCCACGUCCGAAAUUUCUCUGGCGCGACCCCGAUGCACCGCGCUGCGUCGGCCCGGAUCUCCAGACGCAGGCCCGAUACUCGAGCGCGCACGAUAGUAUUCCUUUAUCAACAUGGUGCGGUGGUGGAUGUGCGGAAUCUCCAAGGCCAGACCCCGAGCAUGUUCGCCACUGCACGUGGCCACCUCGACUUGCUAAAGCAGCUUUUUAUGUUAGGGGCGCGUGCGGACGUCCAGGAUAAUGGCGGUCGAACGCUUCUUCACGAGGCCGUCGUGUCCGGGGAGAUCGGCAGUCGGAACCUUCGCAUGAAGAUUAUGACGUAUCUGUGCUCGCGCGGGUCGAAAGUCGACGCUGCAAACUCUCUGGGUGACACGCCCCUUCAUUUUGCGGCCAUCAGGGGCUUCCCGGAAGCCAUCCGAAGACUGGUGGAACUUGGCGCACGACGCGACAGUCAGAACGCUUUAGGACAGACACCGCUUCAUGCUGCGCUGGCGGGGGACCCGGCGGUUAUUCGAUUGCUGGUGGCGUUGGGCGUGGACAUCAACGCACCUGAUUUUGACGGGAUGACCCCUCUCCACCAGGCGAUGUUUGAGGAUUCCGAGGCGGCGGCCUUGGAGCUGAUACGACUGGGGGCGAACGUUCAUCUGUGUAAUGCGGAUGGCGUGAGCCCAUGGGAUAUUGCGGUCUACGAAGAGCUGGAAAUAAUAAUUGAUAUGUGUAAAAGCAUGCAGUGA